UGCUCUGGUAUGAGAGGCAGGGCAUGUGCAGCCCGCAGCAGAGGAAAGAAGAGAAGCGCCUAGGGUUCGUCGAGUGUGGUGAGAUCCGAGCCCAGAUUCCUCCCAGUCCGCGCCCGGAGCCUCGCGUGUCCCUCCCUGGCCGCUCCUGCCUCCCCGGCAGCCGGCCGCGCGCAGUCAGCCGCUCCAGCCUCCGGCCCCCGCGCUCCGGCCCCCGCGCUCCGGCGUCCUCCCUCCUCCGGCACGGCGCUGCUCCGCCUCCGUCCCAGUCGCUCCGGCCGGCCCCUCCAUUCCGGCUUCCCUGCCGCUCCGCCUGCGUCCCAGGCGCUCCGGCCGGGCCUCUCUGUUCCGGCUUCCCCUGCUCCCGCCUCAGCCGCUCCGGCCUUGGCAGGCAGCAGAGCAGACAAGGAGCUCAAUCAGGAAGGGAGUCGCUUCUCUGCAGAAAUCAGGAAAAAUUACUUGUGAUGAGGCCAUCAGAAUUGACUGCCAUGGUGGUGGUGUUGCUCCUGGCCACGGCGGUUGCAACAGCUAACCAGGCGAUGGUGCUGGAGCGGGCGGUGCCGCUCAAGGGGGUCCCCCUAGGGGAUCUCAGGGAGCUGGACAGGGCGAGGCAGGCGAGGAUGGGUGUGGUAAAUGUCCCUGUGCAGGGCAACACCAACCCAUUCGCUGAUGGGAUCUAUUAUACUAGCCUGAAAUUAGGGAACCCCCCAAAAGAAUACACUUUCCAAAUUGAUACUGGAAGUGACAUCUCGUGGAUUGUUUGCAAAGGCUGCAGGGGUUGCCCAACAAGAAGUCCGCUCAAGAUCCCAAUAGAGUUAUACAAUCCCAACUCUUCAUCGACAUCAUCCAGAAUAUCAUGCUCGGAUAAUAGCUGUACAACUGCCGACGAAUCAGGAUCAAAAGUCUGCUAUACCUCGGACUCCACAAGCAGCCUAUGUGGUUAUAAUCUUACUUAUGGUGAUGGAACUGGAGUAUCGGGUUACUACGUGUCUGACACUAUGCAUCUCGACACUAUCAUGGGAAAUCAACAUUUUGCCAAUGCCUCUGCAUCUGUUGUUUUUGGAUGUACCGAAUCACUGUCAGGAUUCAUAUCUACAGAUGGGAUUCUGGCAUUUGGACAGCAGCAAGUUUCUAUCAUUUCACAACUGAACUCUUUGGGGGUAUCCCCUAAAAAGUUCUCACAUUGCCUGAAAGGUUCCGAAGAAGGUGGUGGCAUUUUUCUUCUUGGUGAAAUCGUGGAGCCAAGAUUAGUAUUUACUCCACUUGCAGGGCCUCAUUACAACUUGAAUCUGGAGGGCAUUGCUGUCAAUGGCCAAAACCUGCCCAUUGAUUCUUCCUUAUUUGCAACAUCAAAUAAACAAGGACCAAUAGUAGACUCAGGAACAACCCUAACAUACCUUCUAGACGAAGUCUAUGAUGGAUUUGUUAGUGCGAUAGUUGCAGGGGUUUCUCCAUCGGUACGCCCUCUUGGCACCGAGCGGGUUGAGAAGAGGGACAAGUGUUUCCUUUCUUCUAGCAGCAUUGACUUGUUAUUUCCAACCGUCACACUAUAUUUUAAGGGAGGUGCUGCAAUGACAAUGAAACCACGAAACUAUCUUUUGCUGCAGGGUUAUGUGGGCAAUGAUACUGUGUGGUGCAUUGGCUGGCAAAGUACCAAGGAAAUCCAGAGUGGCCAUGGAAUCACUGUACUCGGAGACCUUGCUUUGCAUGAUAAAAUAUUUGUGUAUGACUUAGAGAAGAUGCGCUUGGGCUGGAUGGAGUACAAUUGCUCAUCAAUCAAUAGGAACACUCGGUUUGAUGUGAGUGGCGCAUCAUCAUACUGCAGCGGCUUGAUAGCUAUUGGAGUGGCUGUUGUAUGGUUGGUCAGCCUUCUCACGUAGCAUGAGAGCAAAAUCAGAGUAGAAAAAUUGAGGACAAUGCCAGUAGGAGUGUUACUUUGGGGGACUGAUUGUGCCAUAACUCUGCAUUUAGUAAGGGUUAUUAGAAGUGCGUUUGAAUUAACUAUUAGACUUGUUUAUUACUGGAGUAAAAUGCAUUUUAAUCUAAAGUUGUAGAGGCCCAACAUAAAUUGUGAGCCGCUGGAUGAGAAUUGUGAGCCUGGUGCCGUCCAUUGCAUGUCCCGGGGAACGGGCGAGCGCAGGUUUUGAACAGCAUUGAGCUCCGUCCUUUUGCCCA